AUGGAUUUAACUUCUCAAGCACCUGUUGGGGAUAGCGUGAAGCAGCCGCCGCCGAAGGCGGCGUAUGUCUCUGCGGUGGACCCUUUUCUCGUUGAGGCUCUACAGAACCCUCGUCAUCGUCUGACCAGACUUCCCGAUCUGCAUCAGUUUGAGUUUCCCCACUUCCCCACUUCAUACCUUCGUCUAGCAGCACACCGUGUUGCUCAGAAUUACGGUUUACAGAUCAUUGUUGAUGGACAAGGUAUCAGGAUUACAGUAAUAAAAAAGCCAGAGAGUAAGUUUCCUGUUGUCUGCUUAUCAGAAAUCCCCGCCAAUGAUUUGGAAAACAAUAAACUCGAUCAAAUCAAGAUUGUCAUUAGACCGAGGCCUAAAGCUUCUUCUAGAGACGCCGGUAUGCUGGGGCUUAAAGAUGGCCAAGUAAGAACUGUGGAAGAGAGGAGGGAGGAGUAUGAUCGGGCCCGGGCCCGGGCCCGUAUUUUCAAUAGGCCCAAUAACUCUGAUUGGGAAGAUUCAAUCGAUCGGGCUUCUUCUAAUGGGACAAACUUUCAUGUGAAUGAUAAUUACUCUCGAGUCGCGUUUUUAAGAGAUAGGGAGAAAGACCGAACAAACCUGAUUACGACCGUAGUUAUGACAGAUAUGUCAAGAACAUCCCAACAGCUCAGGAUUUUAGUAUGGCGCCUUCUAAUAUGCAGAAAUUUCAGCCUCCAUUUUUCCAGUAUGAUUCACUUCACCCACAAAUUGGUCAGAUAUAUCCUCAACAAGCUUCUGUGGACUUUACGACCCCAUUUAUGA